ACCUCUCUUACUGGCGGAAGUGCGUCAAGCCGGAAGUACAGGGGAUGUUGGAGCGACAGUGGUAACUGUCUCCCCUUCGCUGGGUGCUGUGGGGAGGAUGGAGGCGGGCACCCUUCCAGACAGUGGGUUGGAGAAAUGCUCACCGUCAUCAGAAGCCACCGAUGGCGAUUCCAGCAGCGGCAUCUACACAAGCUUCAUGAAGUCACACUGCUGCUAUGACCUCAUCCCCACAAGUUCCAAGCUUGUGGUGUUCGAUACUUCUCUGCAGGUCAAGAAAGCUUUCUUUGCAUUGGUGACCAACGGUGUGCGGGCUGCACCACUCUGGGACAGCAAAAAGCAAAGCUUUGUGGGAAUGCUGACAAUCACAGACUUCAUCAACAUCCUGCAUCGCUACUACAAGUCAGCCAUGGUGCAGAUCUAUGAGCUGGAAGAACACAAGAUUGAAACUUGGCGAGAAGUUUAUCUGCAGGACUCUUUCAAGCCACUGGUCUGCAUUCCACCCAGUGCCAGCCUAUUUGAUGCCGUCACCUCACUGAUUCGGAACAAGAUUCACCGUCUGCCUGUCAUCGACCCAGACUCGGGGAACACACUGUACAUCCUGACUCACAAGCGUAUCCUCAAGUUCCUCAAGCUUUUUAUUGCUGAGUUCCCCAAGCCUGAGUUCAUGUCCAAAACCCUGGAGGAGCUGAACAUUGGCACCUAUGAAAACAUAGCGAUGGUCCACACUAACACCCCUAUUUAUGUUGCACUGGGCAUCUUUGUACAGCACAGGGUCUCUGCGCUGCCUGUGGUGGAUGACUCAGGUCGGGUUGUGGACAUUUACUCCAAGUUUGAUGUAAUUAACCUGGCAGCUGAGAAGACUUACAACAACCUGGACGUGACCGUGACCAAGGCGCUGCAGCAUCGCUCCCAUUACUUUGAGGGUGUUCUCAAGUGUUAUAAGCAUGAGACUUUGGAGGCGAUAAUCAAUCGACUGGUGGAGGCCGAGGUUCAUCGGCUGGUGGUGGUGGAUGAACACAAUGUGGUGAAGGGGAUUGUGUCCCUCUCAGAUAUUCUGCAGGCCCUCAUCCUGCCUGGUGGCCAGAAGCCUUGACUGCGUGAAGUUCAGAGUUCUUCCUCCCCGCACACAUACACACACUUUGUUGGGCUUGACAAGCAAGACCAUUGACUUUUCUGCAUCACCCUCUUUGGCCUGGCAGUGACCAAAUGGAAAGGCUGUGUAACCCAACCACAAGCUGACACCAUGGGGUUUCAUUUGCCUGGUGCUUCCAACUGGGUCAGGUUCUGUGUGUUUCCUCCUUGCCCAGUUUGGUUGCAUGGGAGCCUCGAGGCCUGCUGCAUCCUGGCACCAUGUGCAUUGAUUGUGCUAUUAAGGUGCAGGCUCAGCUGGCUAAUGUCUUCCACACUUGGAUGGGAGGAAGCUGGGGAAGCUUCCUGGUAAAGUGUGAAGCAUGCAGCAAGUGCGGGGACCACAUCAAAAUUCCCAAAACAAUAGGGCAUGUUCUGGGGAUGGGGAUAUCUGAUCUAUAGCACAAUUUUUUAAAAAAGAGACUUUUGGCUGUUCUCAGGCACCUGACCUUUGUAUGCCACACGUGUUUGAAUGAGAGUGUGUGCGGCAGAAAUCCCAGCUCCAGUAUUACUUGUAACUUCCACCAAGCAAUUCUUUGUAUACUCUCUAGAAGGUGUGAGGCCUGCUAAGCACAUCACCUGCUCUACCCUUCCCAGUGCCAGAACUAGUACUAGUUCCAGUAGACUCCUAAAAACCUUGCUCAAGAGCUGAGAGUCCUUCCCCGGGUUUCUGUGAUGGGCAGCAUCUGGUAUUCGAGCUGGCAUCCUGGAGCUUUCCAGGUUUUUAUUGUUCUGGGAGUCUCCGUAGAUCCUUCCCUUGCAGGUUUUGAUUAACUUACUCCUUCUUUGAUUAACUUUAAGUUUGAUUAACUUUGGCCGUCUUAUCAGCGGGAGAGCUGGAGCUAGCCAUACCUCAAUCCUCUGGUACAGGAAUUAAUGUACUUAGUUGUAAACAUGUUGCUCUCCUGGCUGAUUUAGGCUAAAGAUGAGUUUUUGAGGGAAUCAUCCUCUAGUACUCUAUCACCUGUCAAAGAGACAGACUUAUAAUGCCACUGCUGCCCCUUUCAGCUCUUGACUGUGCAAAAGUUGCCCUGCCACAAGCCCCACCUCUUUUACACAUUCCUACAAAUCCCUCUUCAGUCAAAUUAUACAACAUGUAUUUUUUUUAAUAAAGCCACAUUUCUUAUCUGACACUUCAUUUGUCCCAUUCUUCUUUUGGGCCUUCCCAGGCAAGAAGAUCUGUGCUUCACCUCCUGGAAAUUGGGAGAAUUAAAAAAAAAAUUAUUUGAAGUCCAUGCAGGGAACUGUCCUGGAGUGUCUAUGUUUGUGUAUGAUGUGUCACCUGCUACUUUGUUUUACUGAGGUUCUGUACUUAAUAAAAAUCAGUAUAUAUUCAA